CAAUAAUUCUGGUUUAAAUCUGGUAUCAAAAACCCUAGUAAAUCAUAUCAUAUCCUUGAUGCAAUUGAAACACUUACUGUGAAGCAAAAAUGGGUCUGGGAUUAAUACUUGGCAUAGGGAGGGCAUAUAGACGAAAGCGAACAUCAUCACUUACUAUUCUCACUUCUAAGACUGGACCUCGUGAUUAUUACAAGGGUAAAAAUUGUAAAUCGACCGGUUUUCACACGCGCAAAGGUGGUUAUGUUGUGGUGCAACAGAAAUUGCCAAACUAUGUUGUUCCAUAUUUGACUGAUUUUAAGUUGAAACCUUAUGUUUCCCAGUGUGCUACUAAUGCCAAUACAACUGAUCAUGCUGGUGCUAGCAAGUCAAUAAGUUGUUCUUAAGUGUUCUAAUAAAAAGUUCAACAUUUUAGGGUUUUUUUUUUUUUUUUUU